CGGGAGCUCCGCCGCCACGCCUCCAUCCGGGCUCCGUCCCUUUAAGGGAAGUAAAUCCGGCCCGCGGGCGCGGCCAGGGCGGGGCGCGCGGCGUGUCCCUCCGCGGGCGUGUCCCUCUGUCCGCGCGGCCCGGCACAGCGAGGCGGGGAGUCGGCUCUAGACCGCGGUGGUCCUAAGGCGGCCAGCAGUGGGACAGCCUAGAGAAGAGGACCCUGGGGUGCUGGCAUCCAGUUCUGAGCAGGUGUUGGAAAUCCACUAAGAGGACCAGAGAGGAGACGCCUAGACGACCUCUGGGUGACCACAGCAUCCCUCCCUCCUUGGUCUCUGCUGCGCCUUCUGAGACACAAGUGCCACCAAGAUGUCCAACCCAUUUCUGAAGCAGGUGUUCAACAAGGACAAAACAUUCCGGCCCAAGCGCAAGUUCGAGCCUGGAACACAGCGCUUUGAGCUCCACAAGCGUGCACAGGCGUCGCUGAAUGCAGGACUGGACCUGCGGCUGGCGGUGCAGCUGCCACUAGGUGAGGACCUCAACGACUGGGUGGCUGUGCAUGUGGUGGACUUCUUCAACCGUGUCAACCUCAUCUACGGAACCAUCAGCGACGGCUGCACCGAGCAGUCGUGCCCGGUUAUGUCUGGGGGCCCCAAGUAUGAGUACCGUUGGCAGGACGAGCAGCGCUUCCGGAAGCCCACGGCGCUCUCCGCGCCCCGCUACAUGGACCUGCUUAUGGAUUGGAUUGAGGUGCAGAUCAACAACGAGGACAUCUUCCCCACCAAUGUCGGCACACCAUUCCCUAAGAACUUCCUGCAGGCGGUGCGCAAGAUCCUGUCCCGGCUGUUCCGCGUGUUCGUGCACGUGUACAUCCACCACUUCGACCGCAUAGCGCAGAUGGGCUCCGAGGCGCACGUCAACACCUGCUACAAGCACUUCUACUACUUUGUCACCGAGUUCAACCUCAUCGACCCCAAGGAGCUGGAGCCCCUGAAGGAGAUGACUUCACGGAUGUGCCACUGAGGCCCCCUGGCCGCCAGGACUCAGGAAGACAGCUUGGGCGCCCCUGUCAGCUUUGUUCAGCCUGGGUCUCAGGAGCGUCACCCCAAAUGCCGCUAUCAGAGGAGCAGAGGGACUCUGGCUCCUCCCUCCAUCUCUGACCUGUGCUGGAUUUGAAAUCUGUAAUACUGCAUUCUCUCGGCCACCAGGCUCACACCGUGUCUGUGCCACAACCUCUGGCAGGAGGCAGGAUACGGAGCCCUUGUCCCGUCUCCAUGCCUGUCCAGCCUUGCCCCAUGGCCUUAGUAUGUGUGGCCACAGCUCUGUCCCCUUCUUCCUAGCCUGGAAGGAAGGUGGCAUCCGGUCUCCUCUGCAUAGCCACACUCUGUGUGGUGACCACAUGGAUGCCCAGCUGCCACACAUCUAAAGAUGUAAUAAUGAGCCAUGUCCUCCACUGCCCAGCUCUGCCCUCUGCUUGUACUUCUGGACAUCACGCAGUGCCAGAACUUUCCACUCAUUCUGCCUGGCCCUUCUGAAUGGCGCCCUCUCCAACCCCCCACCCCUGGACAGGAUUCCCAGUAUGGAGUGUUCUGAGGUGCUUUGCAGGACCAGGAGGGUACAGGUGCUGCAUGCAGCAGUCUCGGAACUCUGGAGGCAGAUGUAGGAGGAGUGCUGCAAAUUCAAGGCCCCUCUGGCCUCCACACUGAGAAUCAGGCCGUUCAGGGUCUCAUAACAAGAUUGUCUUUAAGCUCCCCCACAAAAAAAAAAAAAACAAACUUUAAAGGAUGCUAGGCGGUGGUGGCGCACACGUUUAAUCCCAGCACUUGGGAGGCAGAGGCAGGUGGGUCUCUGUGAGUUGAGACCAACCUGGCCUACAGAGGGAGUUCCAGGACAGCCAGGGAUAGUACACAGAGAAACCCUGUUUCAAAAAAACAAACAAACAAAAAAGAAAGGUGUGACCUCAACCCCCAUGUGAAAGCCAGGUGUGGUGGCAUUUGUCAUCCCAGCUUCGGUCAUAUCCUCCAGCUUCUACAUCCCAAGUGUGCAGAUUAAAAAGGAUGUCAGAGCCGGGCGGUGGUGGCGCACGCCUUUAAUCCCAGCACUCGGGAGGCAGAGGCAGGCGGAUCUUUGUGAGUUUGAGACCAGCCUGGUCUACAGAGCUAGUUCCAGGAUAGGCUCCAAAAACCACAGAGAAACCCUGUCUCGAAAAACCAAAAAAAAAAAAAAAAAAGGAUGUCAGAUACAACACCCAGUCCAUUCAGAAAUGUCUGUGUUUUGUUUCAGUUUUUGAGACAGGAUCUCUGACUAUCCCGGGCAGACCUGGGGCUCAUUAUGUAGCCCAGACUGGCUUCAGACUCCCAGAUCUACCUACCUCUGCCUCCCUAGCACUGGGAUUCAAGACAUGCCCUUCUGGAGAUCUUAGAGAAAAAGUUUAGCCUGUUUCUAGUGGCUGCCCUCUUGGGUGCAGUGCCCAGUCCAACCAGAAUCCAGGAAUGAAUUUUCACAUUGUUUCCAGCAUCUGCUGAGGUCAGCAGUUCCUAGGGGGUCGCAACAGGGGCAUUCCUUCAGUGGCAGCCUGUUGUGACCCUAGGGGCCACAGGACCAAACUCCCACGGACUCCUCUCUACCACGCCGUGGAGGACAUAGCAGGGUGUGACUGUCCGCAGCGCCAGUCUUUGGCCCUCUGGCCUUUCCCUUGAGACCUGUGCACUGUGAAGACCCCAGGGAAUUCUGGUUAUUUUCCCAAAUCUGGGAGGCUGUCACUGAACCAAAUGAGCACAGUUAGCAAGAAGUCAAUGCCUGAGCCCUUCAAAGCCUGAUGCUGCAGCCCUGGAAGGACCCAAGGACCAGCCCUCAAGGCUUGGCGGAAUGUAUCUCCCACCUGCAAGACUGGGCCACUGGGCCAAAUCCCAGCAGCCCACACACCAGCCCAGGGAGGGGUCCAUACUGCCUCAUCCAUCCCACCUCAAUUCAAGCCUAAGAAUAAAGCGGUCAUCUUGACA